UUAAAAUUCAACAUCUUCAAGGGCAUGAACUGCAAUUUAGAGAAGACGAAACAGAAACGAACGCAACACACCCGACUACCCGAGCAGGCGAGCACAGAAUAACAUCAACAGCAAGCUGAAGUUUGAAGUUAGAUGUGAACAAAAUCCUAAUAAUACUAAAACAGCAGAAAGGCAAUCGAAUCUGAUCUCUUGGAGCCCUUAAUUUUCUAUCUGGGAAUUUUCUUCAGGCCAACCAAUUACGUUUACGGAUCGGAAAUUAACCGAUCCUUCUUCCCGAUUUAAUUUCCGGCGGACGAUCGACGGCGGAGACCUCUCCGAAGACAUGUUCAAGAAUUUUUGGAGCUCUCAGGAGCAGCAAAAUCAGUCACGGCCACAGGAGGUGCCAACUGACUCAUGGUAUCCGCCUUCGGUUGUGAGUACCCCAAGCUCCUCACGCCCAGCAACACCUGGUGCGAACACGACUAGCAGUUUUGGCUCAUCGAGACCGAUCGAUCGGCCAAGCACUGUUCCUAAUGUUUCACCAGCUGAGGCAGCAAGCAUAAUUGCUGUCUUGAAAGAUAAGAGUGUUGAUGAGCUAAGAAAGUUGCUGUCUGACAAGGAGGCUUAUCAAAAUCUGUUACUUUCAGUUGAACCUGUCAAAACCCAGAACAGGGUAAGUUAUGAAUCUUCAACACCCCCUUCCUAUAUUUUAGAAAGGAACACUGACAAUUCUGUUUACCUGCUAUGA